AUGCCGAUGCUCGCUGUCACCCUCCACGGUGGUGAGAAGCCAGACCCGGUGGAGCUCGCCAUGAUGGUGGACUACCACCCGAACCGCUGGGGGCACCUCGUUUUCACCGACCCCGACUCCCUGCGGCGUAUUAUUUCGGCUGACGACCCGAUUGAGCUGUGCAUCACUAGCAAUAUCAUAUCCUCUGGGCACGCUGACGUAGGGCAGCACCACCUCGCCACCGUGAUAGAGCAGGCGCGGGAGCUUCGUUCUGAAAAAACGGGGAACACUGCCCUUGUCAAGAAAACUACACUUGUAGAGGGACUUUUGGAUGGGAGGAGCUACAUGGCCGCUCAAAGGCAGCGGUUGAAUCGCCGUAUCCGCCGUUUUUUAAGUCCUCAUCGCGCGCGCAAGCUACACACCAGGGAUAUUUCACUCGAAGAGGGAUCGAUGGACGGUGAGGGUGGGGCCCCAAUGACGGCGGUCAUACCAAACAUCUCUUUUCACACUGAUGACCGUGGUAUCUUCGAUAUCACCCUCACUCACGAAAUUUUUACCUUGCUGAAGCAUUCUGAUGUAUUAAACGAUCACUCAAUAGCAGAACAGCGCGUGGUGGAAGCGAUCUGGCGGUUGGAGCGGCUGACGAUCGCGAAUGUGUUUGAGCUCCCAUGGGCUAUUCUCGUUAUGCUCAUCGCGGCGCGCGUAAACUUUUCUGAUCAAAAAAUGGCGAACAAUGAGGUCUCCUGGCGCGAAUUCAGUGAUCAACGCAGUGCGAACGGUGUGCAAUGCGAGGAAUCGGCAUCGCAGCUAGUGUUUCGCAAACUAUCAGAUGUUCAAAAUUUAUCUGAACUGAAGGAGAACUGGGGCAAAUUUGAGGAAUACAUUCUACUUCAGCAAGAAGCCGCCAAUGGAAAUGCUGGGAACCCUUUUGGGGAGCUUUGGAGUGGCGUGGAAUGGGCGUGGCUGACUCAGUGUUUUGAUGAAUUUUAUACAACUGAAAAUAUUCAGUACGACUAA